CCGGCGACCAGCGUCGUCUGGUCUGUGGGUGUAAACAAACAAAUUCGUUGACGCUAGGUUAAACUUAAUCAAUUUUUCCCUCAUUAUUAAUCCUGAUUCACUGGCCGGCGAAUUCUUGGACCAUGUAUUCUCUUCGUCAGAAAGUCAUCUGGUUCGCCUUUUUCUCGCGGGUCUUCAUUCUCCUUCUGCAAUGCAUCGCGAAUUUUAUUUUACCCGAUCAUGACGCUCAAGAUGUGUUCCGGCGACCAUUGUUACCUAACUCUGAAGAUAAUUGGCUAGAUAGAGUAAUAGACAUUCUGUUUGGGGGACUUGAGAGAUGGGAUGCACAUUACUUUCUGCACAUUGCUCAGAAUGGAUAUGUUUAUGAGAACUCAGUUGCAUUCUUUCCAUUGUUUCCACUGGCUGUCCGUUUUCUGUCAGCUUGUCUUAAAAUUGUUACUUUUGGUUUUCUUGGAUCACAGAGCCUCCUGCUUCUGGCCUCAGUCAUUAUGAACACAGUGUGUUUUAUAAAAGCAGCAGAUUCUCUGUUUUUCUUGAGUAUUAAGGUACUAGGCGAUGAAUUUUUAGCUUAUAAGGCUGCACUUCUCUUCUGUAUUAAUCCUGCUAGUAUUUUUUUUUCUGCCCCUUACUCUGAAGCCUUAUUUGUGCUUUUGUCAUUCCAAGGUAUGAGACAUUCCCUUGAUAUCCAAUACUCAAAACUUUGUGCAAUUCCAUUUGGUCUAUCUGCAGCUGCCCGGUCAAAUGGUGUCUUGAAUGUUGGGUUCAUACUUCACAAAAGCAUUCAGGACUUUUUAUCUGCUGAGUGGCCUGUUAUCUCUAGGAAGAAAGGGCUAAAAAAUAGGUUACUUGUACCUUUCAAAACUGUGCCAUUGAUGUAUCGUAUUAUUGAGUCCUGUACAAUAGCACUAGCACCAUUUGUUGCCUAUCAAGUGUAUUGCUAUGUACUAUUCUGCACUGUACAAAAACUAAACAUUCCACAACAUUUGGUAGAAUAUGCAAAAAAUAAUAGUUUGGUAUUGCCUGCACUUGACCAAGAUGUUCAGAGGGACCCACUUCAUUGGUGUAAUUCCAAAAUGCCUUUAGCAUAUUCCUAUGUCCAAGAUCACUAUUGGAAUGUUGGAUUCCUACGUUACUUUGAAUGGAAGCAAGUGCCAAAUUUCAUACUGGCCACUCCUAUUCUCUCAUUUAUAAUCUGUAGGUCAAUAAUAUUCCUAAACCAAAAUAGAUUCUUGGUUUUGCAUUUAGGAUUCAUACCAGCAAAAGUUAAAGAUACUCAAAUGAAACCGAACAGUAUGUCACCAAAAAUGUUUGUUUUUGUUAUCCAUGCUCUUUGCUUGGCAGCUUUUUGCAUAGCUUUCGUUCACAUCCAAGUAGCAACAAGAUUGAUUUGUUCAGCUAGCCCUGUUCCAUACUGGUUUGCCUCUUACCUUUUAAUCUAUAACAGGAAAAAAAGUUCCAAUGGCAAAGCUAGUGCUGCUGCUAAACUUAUAUCGAGUCGCCUGAAGAAGUUCAGUAAUAAGAAAUCUGAACAAGAAAUUGAGAUAUUGGAUAAUAUGAACAGUAAAUGGAGAGUAAUAAUUUUAUCCUUAUAUCCCAUUGAUCGUACAGGCAAAACUAUUUUACUAUACUGUUACCUCUAUGCUAUUAUAGGCUCAAUACUAUUCAGCAAUUUUUUACCGUGGACUUGAUAAAAUAGACUUGAAAAUAAUCACUUGCAGUCUCUUAA